UGCUGCAGCUGCUGUGAGUCCGGCAGCUCCCGUGGCACCGGCAUUGCCCCGCGGGGGCCACACGUGUGGCCUUUCCCAGGCCUGUCGGGCUGUGCCACGUUUGCUUAGGCUUGGCUUUAUAAAGAGGUGCAGGAGCUUCCUCUGCUCCGUCCCGGGUUUGGUCCAGACGCUGCCCCCAGCACAGCCUUCACUAUGGAUGGCUUGAAUGUCUCCAUUGCUUUUUUUUUCCUGGUUGUUGGGGUGUGCCAGCUGCUCAGGUGGCUUUCCAAGAGGCUUCUGUCCCCCGGAACACACGGCUGCCUUGCCAGGGAAUUUGCUGGCUCGCUCCAGUUGUGCAUGAGCUGCCUCGAGCUGAGGAUGCUGAUGGAUAUUGGCCCCUGGGGUGGUGGCUUUGGCCUGGACGUGGUCCUGACGCUGCUCUUCCUCCUCUCCGCUGUCCACGGCGCCUCUUUUGAUGGAGCAUCUGCCAACCCCACCGUGUCUCUCCAGGAGUUCCUGCUCCUCGAGUCCAGCCUGGCAGCCACGGCGGCCAAGCUGCUGGCCCAGGGUGUGGGCACAGGGACGGGCUGGGCUCUCACCUGGCUCUACUGGUCCUGGGAGCUGACACAGCUGCAUUUCAUCCAGCACCUGAUCGCGCCCGAGUGCAGCUCCUCCAUCCGCGCCUCUCUGCCCCACGCUGCCUUCGUGGAAGGCUCCUGCUCCUUCCUGUUCCACCUUGUCCUGCUCAAGGUGCGACAGAGUCACCCCCUGUGCCGGGUCCCUGCGCUGGCAGUGACUGUCACCUUCCUGACCUACACAGCUGGACCAUUCACGGGGGCCAUCUUCAACCCUGCCCUGGCCACAGCCACCACCUUCCACUGCUCGGGGAACAGCUUCUGGGACUACAUCCAGGUUUACUGGCUGGGGCCCCUCGCAGGGAUGCUCGCUGCCCUCCUGCUCUUCCAGGGCAACAUCCCACGCCUCUUCCAGAAAAACCUUCUCUACAGCCAGAAGAGCAAAUACAAGGUGCCCAAGGCAAAGGUGACAGCACAGGUGGAGAGUGACAAACCCCAGCAGAAGAGGAAAGCUGGGAAGAGCAACUCGGAGCCCUGUGCCUGAGCCCAGGGGUCCUGGCUGCCCUUUUCCUGGGAAAGGGUUUCCCAGUGUGGAGGAUUUUGCUGCUUGUUCAGUCCUUAAAGCAUCACAAAGGAAGCCCUUGCAGGAUGCCUGAGCCCCCGAGCUCCUCUGGGAAUUUUGGGAGAACCUGAAAUAUUCCAGGCCCACAUUGCUGCCUCAGAGAGAAAACUCUGAACACUUCUGCACAAAUUGCUGGUUGUCUUGUGGGCCAUGCCAUGGGCAGGCUUGAGCAACUGGGGGUUAUUGCAUCGUGCAACGCCUGAAAUAACCCCACUGGGUCUCUUGCAGCCCUAAAAACAAAGUAUAAACCAGUGAUUGCCUUGGGCACUUGGGAUGGGAAGGAAACAGGCUUUGAGCUUUCGAGGUAUUAAUGGAUACUGGUUAAAAAUUGGUGGGGUUUGAGUUAAACUUGACCUGAAGUCCCUGAACUGCACAGGCUAAACCCAGCAAGUCUUGGAGAGGAAUUAAAAAUGUUCCAAGGCAAGAGAGUUCACUGGCCACGGGAGACCCUGCUCCUCUGGGGAUGUGCUUAGCCUGGGUUCUGGUGCUGUAAAACAUCAAGAAAUGGUGCACAAAGGGUCUGUGGUUAGAAAAAAAAAAAGAGACCCAGGCAGCUGCUGUGGUUGAGCAAGUGGAUCCCUGGGCUCUGCUCCGUGUCUACGUGAAAUACUCCUAACUGUAAAAUUACAGUUUGUGGAAAAAAAUAAU